GGAUGUAAACAUAUUUAUAUUUUGUGUGAAACCGGCAAAUUCGAAUUUAGGCGCGAAAUCAAUAAUUUUUUCUUAGGUUUAUUUUUCAUAAAAAAUGCAAUGAACUCGCUCCAGUACAAGUGCUCCUGCGAUUCCCAGCGACGACGGAUUGUGCUGAACCGGUUCCACGACCCCGCAGAGGCAGCCCAGCUGGACAAGGCCCUCGACACGCUGGUAGAUUCCGCCUGGGACGACGAGGACGAAGAUGCUGACGAGUUGCUUUGCACCCUUAUAAAAACUCUCAAAAGCAGCAGUUCAAACAUCCCGGAAGAUCAGCUGAUAAAUCUGUUGGAACGCCCUCCGGAUGAUCCCGUUGAAAAGACGAACCUCAUCCUGUCAAACGACAGGACCUGCGACGACGAGGAAGAUUCCUGCCACUGUCGAGAGAUUUCUCACAAUCUCUCCUUAGUGCUGAACAUGGGCUUUAGCGAGCUAAACUCCAGCUCAGAACCAAACGAGCGAGUUUUAACGGAUUUGCUCGAUCAGUUGGUUCCAUUCUCGGAAUGCUUUGCGGGAAGUUUGGAGGGAUUUCUGAGACAAACUUGGCAUUACGCUGUUCGAAGUAGUAAAAGCAAUCUUAUCAGCAGGUUGGUUGCAAUUUUUCCUAAAGAAAUUGAUAGCUUAGUUGAGAAAAUUCUCAAAACUAACUUUGUAGAUUCCGCAAGCAUUCAGGACAACGACGAUUUCGUUAGGUUAGGAAAUAUCAUUUGCAACGAGGAGGUUUUCAGGCAUGUUAGUUUACAUUUAGCUGAAAACUAUUCAAAUUAUCCAAACUCACAGAGUUUAAUUAGUGCCAUUGUUAGGUAUGUUAAGUCCAACUUAGCAAAAAGUAAGUUCUUGAAACUUUACUCCACAGAGCUAAGUUCAAUUGUUGCCAUUCUUAACGAGGCGAUCAAUCCAGAUGAUCCUCUAGUGUUAGCAUUGUUGGAGCAAGUAAAACAAGACAACUAUUUAAACUUUCUUAUUUUAGUUACACAUUUCACUCUAUUUUUACACUUAAAAUAAAACUUACUACAAUU